GCCUCUGGUGGUCGCAAGUCACAGGAAGAGGCAGUGGACGGCAAAAAGUUACGUCUCAAACUAAAAAAAAACCACACACAUAGUUUUCAGUCGAGUGUUCUCGGGGUUCACUGAACAUAUUCAAUGAUCAUAAGCGCACAUAGAGGAAUGAUUUAGUCCCGCUUUUAAAUCUGCUGUCAAACGUCGCGCGCUUGAAUUGGUCUCCACUUCCGCGUACAAUGUUUUUUUCCAACGACAUACGACAAGUUUAGAACAGGAAGCCUUCAGAGGCGCUUGUCACUUCGUCUCACCUUUUAGGAGGAGCUCUGUUAGCCGGUGUUGGUGCGACCUUCGACAGCAUGGAUCACGAAGACGCCCAUAACGGGCGCGGGACGUCAGGUGCUCAGGGUUCAAAUCCAGCCAUGAACAUAAUUGGAGCAGAGGAUGAAGACUUUGAGAAUGAUGAGCAACCUAUGGUGGAUGAUCAGUGCAGUCACUUUAACAGUAUUGAUCUGUUGAAGUCCAAGCCCACCCACCUGCUGGUCUUCAUUCAUCAUGUCAUGCUACAGUUUGACUGUGCUCCUGUGCUAUGCUACCUUCAUGCUGACCUCUUCAAGAACUUCAAUGCCAAAGACACCAAGAAGCACUUUGGGGAAUUCUACAACACUUUCCUGGAAAAAGGAGCGAUUCUCAAAGUACCUGUGCCAAAUAACAUAGGCUCUGAACUGGAUCGCAUGCGCCCAGAAAUGAUCAGCGAUGAACAACAAAGACGCUAUGCUAGUGAAAUCCAGUACAUGCAGAGUCCAGAGAUACUGCGACAGCUCGAUGACUUCAGGCAGAAGAGGAUGAUGGGAAUGACUCCCAAUGAGCGUGAACUAAAUGAUGUGGAAUCCCAUCGUCCUACUGACCGCAUCCCCAUGGAAAUGAAGGAGAAGGCAGUAGCAGAAUCUUUGCUGGAAAAGAUGGUAGAGGCCAACCCCUCAAUUGUUGCCGACAAAGACAAAAGUAACUCCAUCUUUGGAGCAGUUGCCUUUUAUAUGAAGCAACUUGGUGUCAAAACCAGAGCACUUGACAACAAGAAGACUAAGUCAGGAUGGCGGCCCUCUGUCCCUUCCGUGCUGAAGCCAUGGGGAACCAACAAACCCAGCAAACCUGACAAAAAACCUCCUCCAUAUGAUGUAAAGCCAAUCAAACCAAAUCCCCAGCCUCCUCGAGGGUCUAUAAUUGAUAGCUGCAUUAUUUCAGUGCGGAAACCUGGUGUGGGGUCAGGUAGCGCUCUUGGCCCUGACUGCAUUGAAGACUUGACCAUCAGCGUCAGUGUGACUACCAGUCCAGACUCUCAGAGUGACACGGACCCAAAACCAGUCCCAGAUGUUGGAGAUGCAUCUCCUGUCAGUACAGCUGGGAGUCUCACCAUCUGUGAACCUCUCUCCGUCAUUGACACACUUCCAGAUGACAGUCAGGACAGUGGCAGAAAGAAGACAAGGAAUGUGCGCCGCAGCGAGAGCCUUUGCGUGGAGCGCCGUCACUCUCGCCGUAGUGGCUCUACCCGGGCCAAGCAGUCUCGCUCCCGUAGCGACGUGGACCUGCAGUCAACCUCUACCUCUCACCCCCUCUCACCCUCCCCACAGCAUUCAGUCUCUGCGGAAGGUGGAUUUUUGCCUGACGGCCCCGUCACUGGUCAAUGUUUUGCCCCCUUCCCUCAGCAGGAGGAGAUAGAGCCCCGAAUCCUGGAGCUUGAGCAGGACCCACCCAACUGGAGGGGUCUUGCUGCUCCUGAGGACGUGAAAAAACUGAGCAAGAAAGAAAUCAAAAGACAAGAAGUCAUUAAUGAGCUGUUUACGACGGAGCACGCUCAUGUCCGUAUGCUGAGUGUAUUGCAGACUGUGUUUUCUCGUCCGCUGGAGAGGGAAGAGAUUAUGACCAUGACUGAAACGGCCACCAUCUUCCCCAGCCUCGAUGAGAUCAUAGAGAUGCACUAUGCUUUCUAUGAGAACCUAAAAAAACUGCGGCAGGGGGAUGAGUUCAUUGUCAAAACCAUAAGCACACCACUUCUCAACAGGUUCAGUGGCUCAGAAGGAGAAUGGUUUCAGAAGCUCACCGCACGUUUCUGUAGCUACCAGUCCUGGGCGCUGGAGCAGAUAAAGAGCAGACAGAAGAAAGAUCCCCGUUUUAAUGCUUUCAUACUGGAGGCAGAGAGUAAGCCACAGUGUCGGAGGCUACAGCUGAAAGAUAUCAUUCCCAUAGAGAUGCAAAGACUAACUAAGUAUCCUCUUCUGCUGGAAAACAUUGCCAAGAGCACUGAUGAUGAAAUGGAAAAAGAGAACAUUAACCAAGCAGCAGAAUCCUGUCGUAAGAUCCUCAACCAUGUCAACGAAGAAGUCAAAGUCAUGGAGAACCUGCUGAUUUUGAAAGACUACCAGCGCCGGCUGGACACCUCAGGACUGAAACCGAGCAAUGACCUCUACAGCGAAUACAAGAACAUUGAUCUGAGCACCAGAACGAUGCUGUUUGAAGGACCUCUGACAUGGAGGGUGACCAAGGAGAAAGCGAUUGAUGUGCACUGUGUUUUAGUGUCAGACCUCCUGGUCUUGUUUCAGAAGCAGGAUGAUAAGAUGGUUUUGAAGUGUCAGAGCAAAAGCAACAUCGCCGUUCAGGAAGGCAAACAGAUGCUGAGUCCAAUCAUUAAACUAGAAUCUGUUUUUCUCAGAGACGUGGCCACUGACCCAAAAGCCCUCUAUGUCAUCUUCACCUGGGAAAGCGGAGCACAGAUCUAUGAACUAGUGGCUCAGACUAUUGGGGAGAAGAAAAAUUGGGCAGAGGUGAUUAGGGCUACGGUUGACGAGUUGAAGAAGAGGGGCGGCGGCAAUAAGCUGAAACGAGAUGGCAGAAGUGGCAGCAUGCCCAGUAGCACCAGUGGACCCGCAUACAGCCCUGUUCAUCCCCCUCUUAGCCCCACUGAGAACGGAGGAGAUCUGUUGAAAAGUCGUGGUGGGCGAUUUAAAGACAGUCUUACUGAUGAGAAGAAUAAAGAAACUUAUCCUUCACUCAUAGACUACCUAGCUUCCAAUGGCUUUGACCCGCUCAGCCAUAGCCACUCCCCUCCAGAGAAGUCUGCUAUUGCUGCUUUGGAUGAAGUCAUGUAUUUGAAGAGGCUAUUGGUCGGGAGUAUUAGCUUGUCUGAUGACUCUCAGACUCUUGGGGAAAAUGGAGGGACGGCACCUGAAAGCCAGGUGGCAGAUGGAGUAGAGGAAUCCAGCACAGAAGGAAGAACUGAAGGAGAAGAGAGUGGAGGAGAUGGGGUGAAUAAAGGAGAAGAGGAAAGAGGGAUCAGCGCCCCUCUAGUGCUUUCUCAGGAACGCUUGGAGGAGGUGCAGAGGAGACUGCAGAUGCUUGAGGAGCAACUGAAGAGACUGCAGUCUGUUGAGGAGGACCAUUAUAAGUUGCAAGAAGCUCUUGCUAAAUAUUCACUUCAGGGGGGCCAUUACAACUGAGGAACAUCACAACCUGCUGUUACAAGAUCACUGUAUGUGCUGGACUUCGAGGGAUUCGCUGAUUGACUAAUUCUGCCUAAAUGUUCCUGCUCUAUCUCUUUUGUCUUCUCAACUGUCCUUUCAGAAGAUUGUCAGCAGGCCACCAGCACGUUCUGUGCCACUGAGAAAUGAAAUGAAGUGAGCGUUGUAAAAUUAUAGUGAUCCUUAACCUUGAAUGACUGCAUGCACGUUUCUGUUGAGAGGUAUGAGAUACAGUUUUGCCAAAAGAUGCCAAAGAAUUGUGCAACACCUAGAGAGAUUCCAGAGCAAAAUGCUACAAGUGCGUGUGAAAGCACUGUACCAUAUACAAACAUGCGCACACACACAACGAUAAACCUGGUUAAGCAUGUCAAAAGUAAUUUAGUACCAAAAGGCUAUCUAUAUUCGUAGAAAAGUAUAGUUGCAUCUUUGUCUGUUUCUCAGAAUGUACUUUAGUCAGGUUUUCAAUAAGGGUAAUUAUAGUAGUAAAUAUGCCCUUUCAUUUUUUUUUUUUUUUUUAUGCAUUUCAAGAUGUUCACUCAUCCUAAUAAUUAUUACCAUACUAUAUUACAUGUAUAAAAAAAAAAAUGCUAAAAAGUAUAUAUAUGUCAAUUUUUUUUAGCAAAGUAUUGAGACGUAGUAGCAUGCGUUGCAUCCAUUACCUUCUCUUUUUUUUUUUUUUUUUUUUUUUUUUUGCCCCGUUUUAGUUUUGAAUUAGUUUUUUUUUGUUUUUGGUUGUUGAAUAAGAAAAGAUGCGCUAAGUAGGAUCGAUCAACAGAUGGAUGAGCAAAGGAAGUAGAGACAAGGAUUGUGGAAGGUAGGCUUGCUUUGUAUUGCCUAACCCCUCUGAAGUGAAAUCAAGGCAAGCACUGAUGUCGAGAAACGUUGUCAGGGUUUGACAUUGUGGGUGUGAAGAAAUAUGCGCAUAUUACAUAGCAUUUUGAAUGACAGUGUUGCACGUGCUGGUGCUGUUAUGAAAUGAAGCUUUCACAAUCUAUAGCAUUCUGUAACCCAGGUGCUGCAAAUAGGUCGCCCCAGAUCGUAUGAUAAUCAUCACACAUUGCCUAUUUUUGUGCACUAUGCAAAUUCUGUUUCGGCGGCUGUAAAACGCAUCAGUUAUUUCAGAUAAUUGUUUUCUCAGUACAGUUAGCAGAAUUCUAUUUUUUUUUUAAUUGCUUGUCAUUGUUUCUCAGUUUAUUUUAUUUUAGGGAGUAGUUUUGUUUAUAAGCAGGACCAAAGAAAUAAAAGUAUAACAAAGUGUAGAUAUGAAAACACUUUUGCCUUGUAUGGAAAGUUCAGCUGUCAGUUGGAAUAACUUAACUGAGGUGGUCCAAACUAUUCGCCCACCUUUUUCCAAACAAAGUGUCUGCCUUAGCUGCUGGAUCAACCCACAAAAUGGUGAAGUGGGUGGAUUGGCUCAUAAUGCUAUUUAAGGCAGAAGGAAUUAAGUUGGUUGAGAACUGAAUUGCAGCAUGAGUAAUAUAGGAGUAUCCUGAUUCUUAUUAACAGUCCAUGUUUUUUUUUUUCUAGCUUAAGGGACCAGCUUUUUCUCUCCUGUUCUCCUUAUCGAAUUAUGAAACCAGACCACAGAGAAUCAGGCACUUGCAGGGGUUUAAAAUGAUGUUAUAUCUCAGAGUUCAGAGACAGGAACACCAGUACUGUAAUUAUUUUCAUGUGUUCAUGAUGCUACUGCAACAGGUCUUUCUACUUGACCAACUUCCAAAUUUAUGCAACCUAUUUUACCUUACAUAGUGUGAGAUCUAUUCAUUUUUAGGUUGUAAUUGUGUUGAUAAUAUUGAUUUCUGUAAGGCCUCGGUUUCUUUUCCUGGUGUUUCUUUUCCCAGCUGAUUUCCUUGAAAUGGUUUA